GCGGCGCGCCCCCCCGGAAGCGCGCGCGGCGGCGGUGGCGGCCAUGAGCAAGAGGAACCAGGUGUCCUACGUGCGGCCGGCCGAGCCCGCCUUCCUCAGCCGCUUCAAGCGGCAGGUCGGGUAUCGGGAGGGCCCCACGGUGGACACCAAGAGAGAGCAGCUUCCACUUGCCGAUGAUGACAGCGACAACGGCAGUGACAAGGAAGAUGAGCAGCCUCAAGUGGUGACACUGAAAAAAGGGGACUUGACUGCAGAAGAAGCUAUGAAAAUUAAACAGCAAAUCAAAGAGGCCUUAAAGUCAAAAGAAUCAGAUGAUGAACCAGAAUCUGCUGAUGGAAAAAUUAUGUUCAGGAAACCAGCCAAACGUUCAUCAGAGAAGUGUUUGGACUUCAAUGUAAGUUCAAGUAAGAAGAUGAAGGAAGCAAAGAAAACCAAGGGGGAAGCAUCUACUUCUCAGAGUACAGCUAAGCAAGUAAAAAACAGCAGUCUUCUGUCAUUUGAUGAUGAGGAAAAUGAUGAUUAGGGUUGUAUUUUUUUUAUGCUUAACUUGCCCGUCUAGAGACCUGGAUAAUAUUGAGGGCUUUCAUGGGAAUAGAAGCAUGGUGUCUGAGUCUUCUCUUACUUUGCUAUAGUCCAACUAGAGAAAUAAUGUAUAAAAUUAGCAUGAACUAAGUCUUUGCAGUUAGUUGGAACUGUAUGUCAUGUCUUAAUUUUAAAGGAGAAUUUAACCAUGUAUGUAAAAGCUAUUUGAGGUCACAAAUGAGUAGCAAAUUAUACCUGUAUAUAUUUAGCUUACAAAUUUUCAGUCAAUUUUAAAAUGCCCUCCAUUACUAAAAUGUAUUUUGUCUAUAUUGAAUAGCCUUAGUUGAUAGUUUUGGUUUCUACCUGUUAUUAUUGACAUGCAAAAGGGAGACACUUCAUUGAUGUUAAACAGAGACUGAAGGUUUCUGUCUCACAGCUUAACAAAAGUUUGCACAACCUUUGCAUUUGUGAUUUGCAAGAUUAGCUCUUGCAGAGCCUUGUAGUAAAGGAGGCUGCAUUUGCUCAAUUUGUGUAGUCUUGAUCCUGCCAUUGGUGAAUGCAGUCUAAGAAACAUCAAAUUCAUUUGAAUUGGUUAUAAUAGCAAGGUAUAAAGAUUUUGAUUCUAGUUGAUGGUAUCAACUAAUGCAAAAGAAGCCUGUGCACUUUGGUUUUGACACUGAUGGGCUCAGUGGUUUGAUGGUGUUUUGGGUUUUUUUCUUAAAGUAUAUUUGUUCCAGUUAACUACUUAUAUGUUCAUAAUUAUUUGGGAUCUCAGACAGCUUGUUUAAAAACUGUAUUUCAUCUUUAAGCUGUGGAAAAGCAUUAAUUUAGUAUUCUUCAAGUAGGGGGGAAGUUGUAAACAGGGAAUUUAAGCCAAGAAGCACUAUAGCUGUGUGUAUCUUGGUUUAAGACAAUUCCUGGGGCAGACACUCCAAAAUGUGUUACUGCCCCUUUUAGCUUUAACUGCUUCCCUUUCACUGAUGAGCAGAGAUGAAAGCAAGAACAUAUAAGUGAAAAAAAAAAAGUUUACUAAAAAAUGAAACGGCAGCAGGCAGGAUAACAGUAAUCAUCACCAGAUACAAAGGUGCUGAAUCCCAUGGACUGCUUGGGAACAAAGAAGACAAGAUGGCAGAGAAACCCCUCCCCAGAAAUGUUGGCCUCCAUAGAAGACCACGUGGUCAGGGUAAAAGGCAAGCUGGUGCAGAAGCCCCUUCUCCUAACCAUGUAUUGGAGAAAGAACAAAGGGAAAAAAACCCACCACAGCAUCUGUGAUUAUGAAAGUCCCUCUUCUCCAAACAACAACCAAUGAGGAACAAGGACAAAACAAAAAGUCACCUGGACUCCAAAACCAGUCAAAUGCUGCUGAUCCGUUUGCUGCACAUCACCAGACAAGGUCUCUCUCCUGGCAGCAGAGGAGCUCCAUCAACAGUGGCAGCUGGAACUGGUCAGUGGCUGGAACUCCUGGGGGGACUUGGCCUCCUCCUCAGCAGAAGAUGACAGGCACAGGCCUGGGGCAGCCCAGGCUCCACACCCUCCCCACUGCCCCUGAGUGCUGCUGGGGGGCUGGAGUGACCCUAUGGAGCAGGGGCUGUUCUGGUUUUCCCACUGUGGUGCCAUGGCUGGCCAGCCCAGGUGACAGCAAUGAAAAAGGAAGGAAAAAAGGUCACAAGAGAAAGAGAAAGUCUUCCCUGGCCCAGAGACCAAAACCAAGGGGAGCUUCUGCCUUGUGCUGCCUCAGCUUCUCAGUAACUAGCAGGAACAAAAGAGAGGCCUGUGUGAGUGUUGUCUCAUUUUAAAGGGAUCCUGGCAUCUUCUGCUUCCAUGAACCUGUGGCAAGACCCUCUGAUGAUUCUGCUUCUGACCCCCAGGUCUUAAAGGGAGAGUAAAAAUCUUGGGCAGAGGGGGGGAGAAAGAGUCCAUUUCAGCAUUUUUCUGUAACAGAACAGAAUUGACACUGAAAGCUGAUGGGAUUUUGGAGAACAAGAUGGUAGGAAUGUCACUUGUGACUUUGAAAUUAUUUGGAUGUAUGGUGUGUUUGUAACCAUAUGAAAUCAGUUCUGCUGUGUGACAGGACAUUUGAAAUUAUUUGGCCAUUAAAGCUUCAUCGAGGAGCAUAUUUCAAGUUGCUGUGUGAAACAGCUGGUUUUAGUUUCAUCUGGUAGUAAACAAUAAAUUAUGUUUUCUUUUAAGUGGUCCAAAGAUAUUUUAAUAAAAAUUUCAGGACAUGAAA